CAAGCUGACAAUAAUUGUCAGUUGUCAUUAUUGUCAACCUCAAAUUUCAACUUCAACAUCAUAAUAGCAAAUCAUUCCCGGUCAAUUCGAUAUUCAGAUAGUAUUUUAUCGGGUUCUUUGCUAUUUAAAAUUAAAUACAAUUGAAAACAAUCUCAAAAGAUGUUUUUAACUAGGAGUGAAUAUGAUAGAGGAGUCAAUACCUUCUCCCCAGAAGGACGCCUUUUCCAAGUAGAAUAUGCCAUAGAAGCCAUAAAAUUAGGAUCAACUGCUAUUGGAAUAUGCACCAAUGAAGGAGUUGUUCUUGCUGUAGAAAAAAGGAUCACAUCUCCUCUGAUGGAGCCAACUACGAUCGAAAAAAUUGUGGAAGUAGAUAAACAUAUUGGAUGUGCUGUAUCUGGACUUAUGGCUGAUUCCAGAACUAUGAUAGAUAGGGCUCGUGUAGAAUGCCAAAAUCAUUGGUUUGUUUAUAAUGAAAACAUGACCAUUGAAUCGUGCGCUCAAGCUGUAUCUAAUCUUGCAAUACAAUUUGGUGAUUCUGAUGAUGAUGGUGCUGCAAUGUCACGACCAUUUGGUGUAGCUAUUUUAUUUGCUGGAAUAGACGAGAAAGGACCUCAACUGUAUCACAUGGAUCCAUCAGGUACUUUUGUGCAGUUUGAUGCUAAAGCCAUUGGUUCCGGAUCUGAGGGGGCCCAACAAAGUCUUCAAGAGGUUUAUCAUAAAAGUAUGACCCUACAGGAGGCUUGUACAGCUUCUCUGAAUAUUUUGAAACAGGUUAUGGAAGAAAAACUCAAUUCUUCUAAUGUUGAGCUCAUGACAAUGACCCCAGAGAAAAAAUUCUGUAUGUUGAAUAAGGAACAAGUUGAGGAGAUUCUUAAAAUGGGUGAAUCAGGAGAUAAGGUUUUCACAGGAGGAUCACCAGCCAUGAUGAAAGUUUAAAUUUAAUUCAGUUUUGCUUGAAGUAAGCAUUGUUUUCGUGAAUAUGACUGUAUGCUUCGUUUUGAAUAAAAAAUUUUUACUUGAA